UUUGUGUAUUUUGUGAAUAGAUUCUAUUGACAUAAUAUACUCCCAAUAGUCCCAAUAAUAUUUGUGGAUAUUCCAGUCCAGAAAUACCUAAAUCAAAAUUGCCUGCUUGGUUUUUGAGUGAGUUUCAGUGUGAAAUUCAGAUAAAUCCAUAUUUAUAUGAAAUAUAAACAGAAUAUAAUCUAGGUACCUAGUUAGUUUUGUUGACGAUAAGCUAAUCAAAUGGCUGGCGAAGAGGGUGAUAAUACUUGGUUAAUAGAACUGGAAUCUGCACUUUUGGACGGUAGCAAUGCACAAGAAAUCAACACUCUCACCAAAGGCAAGAAAAUUCCAGAGAGUUUGCGUCCUGAUGUCUGGCUUCUUUGCCUUAAUUGUCAAGACAUAGGUAAUCAGUUACUUUCUUUUGAUGAAAUUUUUGAUUUGCCUAAUCAAUCGCAGUUGCGAGAUGAUGUGAAGAAAUUUGUUAAAACUCUGGGAAAUGAGGAUGAAGAAAAGCUUUCUGUGGUCUCGGAUAUUGAGUCAAUAAUAACUUUUUACUGUAAAUCGAAAUUGCUCAGUUAUAAUUCAAAUAAUGGAUGGAUUGAAAUAUUACUUCCACUACUCAGCCUAAAAUUGCCCAAGUCUGAUACUUAUAAUAUGUUUGAAAGAAUUAUACAAAUGUACAUUCCAAAAGGAUGCUCUAAAAAUGGAGUGCCUUUCCAUAUUCUGAGACUGGUACUGCAAUAUCAUGAUCCUGAGUUAUGUUCAUUCCUAGAUACAAAAAGGAUAACACCAGAACAAUACUGCUUACCAUGGCUCAGAUCCUUAUUUUCUGGUACAUGCAAUCUUGAAGUGGUUCUAUUUAUGUGGGAUCUUUAUUUCCAGAGAUCUGAUCCCUUUUUUAUAUUUUUCCUCUGCCUGAUAAUGAUAAUUAAUGCAAGAGAACAAUUGCUUCAAAUGAAAAAUGAAGAAAAGGACACCAUUAUAAAAGCAUUGAGUGGUAUGCCUGCUGAUUUGGAGGCUAAUGAUGUUUCAGAUUUUUGUUCAUUAGCACAUUAUUAUUCCCUGAAAACACCUCUUUCCUUUAGGGAAGAUGUUUUAGAGGUGUUAUUUUCUGAAAGUGGCUUAGAAAUUAAUUCAAAAUUGUAUUCACAAGCCUUGUGUCUUCCUGUUGCCGUACAUGAACUGAUAGAAAGUGCCACUGUAGAUGUUACAGAUGCAGAUAGUGUCAAGUUUUUCUUGGUUGACUGCCGCCCCGCUGAGCAGUAUAAUUCCGGCCACUUAUCAACUGCCUUUCAUCUCGAUUGCAACCUAAUGCUGCAGGAACCAAAUUCAUUCAAUACUGCUGUUCAAGGCUUGUUGAAUGCGCAACGACAAGCUCUAGCCGCAGGUUCCCUUGCCGCAGGAGAACAUCUUUGUUUUGUUGGAUCUGGACGAACAGAGGAAGAUAGUUAUGCCCAUAUGGUGGUUGCAUCAUUUCUUAAAAGAAACACUAAGCAUGUAUCUAUGUUGGAUGGUGGAUUUGUAGCUAUACAUGAUUACUUUGGCCCUCACAUGACUGACUGUCUGGAAGAACACAAUCCCACCACAUGUUUAGUAUGUGCUCCAAAUGUUAACAAUAAUGGUUCCCAACAGCCUGAAAAUGUAUCUAGUAAAAAUAUUUCGACAAUACAUUUAUUCAGCAAAUUGUCUUCUGCUAUGAAAGCAAAGAGUCAAGAAGUCAAAGGAAAACUAAUAGAGUAUAUUGUGAAUCCAAACUCUAAUAUCAGUAGCAAUGAAUGGCAUGUGUCCGCUGGCGAUAAAAAACAACAGAGAUACAGAAAUGUUCCUCCAGUGUUUAGUAUCAAUGACGAGGAUGAGGAGUCACGCUCUGAUACUAGGCGAGAUCGACCAGAUUCAGAUUCUUUGGAGGAGGUUGUUGAUGUCAAUGCUUUUUUGAAACAGCACCAAGUGGUAGACAACUUCCCAUGUCAAGAAGUUUUGGUUAAUGGUUAUAUGCAUGAUUCCUACUUAAUUGUGACAAAAACACAUCUUAUUGUCUUACGUGAUAUUCCAAAUAAGAGAGGCAUAGCACGAGUUAUGUCACGAAGGCCACUGUCCACUAUUGUAAAGAUCACAGCUAAAAAGAGGCAUCCAGAGUUGAUAACUUUCAAGUAUGGUAUUCCAGAUGGUGAUAGCUUAUUAAUAAAGGAUAUGGACAGAUUUCUUAUUCCCAAUGCUGCUGUCGCUACGAAAGUAGUUUCUAAUCAAAUAGUGCAGCAGUUAGACAGCAAAAUGGAUUAAUUUUGUUUUUGUGAUUGAUGUUAUUAUAUAUGUAUUCUAAGGAUGAUACAUAAUUAUAUCCUUAUGAAAUAAUUUAUUAGCAGCAUCAUUUUAUUUUUUUAGGAACUGCUCCCGUAGCAUGACACGCGUGACGUCGUUUUUAUCGCGCGAAAAACUGUCGCUGUCCUGUUUUUUCCCGUUAUAAUAAAUAGUGAAACAGCGAUAGUUUUUCGCGGGGUUGAGAAAAAUUUAUACAAUAUUUCUUUUAUAUAUAAUUUUUAGACAAGCACUUCCCAAACUAUUUAAUUUAAUUUUGUUCUAAACAAUAAUUGUAUCAUAGAUACGAUAUGAAUAAGUAGAGUAUCGCGAAUCGGUUCGUUAUUUAGAGAUGAUCUAUUACAAGAAUUAGCAAGCAAACUGUACUUUUAUUCUUUCUAGCUCAGUGUUGAAACACUUUGGAAAAAGCCUAUUAGAGUUUUAUAACUAUAAAAGUAGCAGUAGGUUCUUAUAGGUAAUAUAGUCUUCAUUUUAAACCUUUAACCUAGUUAUUUGAUUACACAUGCAUUUUACCUUCAAAUUUUUACUAUUGCGGCGCAAUGUUUGCUAUUUGAUUACUGGUGAUAAGAGGUGACUCAUAAAAUUAGUAUUUACGCCUACGCAAUUCAAGGCAUGGCUGUGUUAUAUUUAUCCAGAUUCUGUUGCAUUGAUUUAUAUAUGUAUGUUAAUAGUCGAAUUUGCCAGAAAAUUACAUAGUUACCACAAGUUAUGAUUCCAUUGCGAUUGUUUUUGUUUCUCUCGCACUCUACCUAUGGCCAAUCUUUUUGUCGGAGUACAACAAGCUGGCUGAUUCAUAUAAGUAUGUAUAUUUCUGAAAUUGUCACAUUUUUUUUCUUUGGACAAUUUUUAUUGAUAUUAUAUUAUAUGUAAGUAAAACAACUUUUUUAAUGAUAACCUAAUGGAAUCAAAUAGUCCUUCGUAUUCAAAACCCGUAAGCUAUUUUUGUAUUCAUUUUAAAAGUAUUGGUUUGUACAUCUGAUCGUUCACGUGAAAUGUAUGCUAUUAAUCUAAAUUUAAAAUUAUAUCAUUCUAAUUAAUGUUUAGAUAGUUAAAGUAUUAAAAAAACUUGUAACAUUCAUUUAGCACGAGUAGAAAAAGCAACUGUUUAAUAUUUGUGUGUGAACUAGGGAAAUUUCUCAUUCUGAAUUAAACCCCUUAAAAAUUUAUCCAGUUUAAGAAUAUUGAGGUAACGUAGAUGACUUUACCUUUAUUGAACUUAAGUCAUCAAACAUAUAAGUAAGAAUGCAUUUAAAAAGUAUUAUAAUUUAUAACUUAUACCAAUAAAAUGUUCAUCCAUCAGUAAAAUGUAUGGCGACUACUCUUAAAACUUUACACUAAUUCACUGAAUACCUUUCGGAUUUGGAAAUUCAUCUACUUAUGUAGUCUUCGAAUCAAAUUUCUGUAAAAACGAUAACGAUUCCAGUUUUUACCAUUAUGUCAAAAAACUAAAUACAGUCGAAUUAAGAACCUCUUUUGAAAUCGGUUAGGGAAAGCUUUUGUUUCAUAGCCAUACAGCUAAACGUAGGUAGCUCGAGUCUUUUCGAGACUGUCGGCUCUGUCUAACCUGAAAUGUAUAAAAACGCGAUUAUUGUAUGUAUAUAUAUAUUACUUCGAUUUGUGUACAUACAUAUAUUACUUCGAUUUGUAUGCUGAAUAUUUACUAUGGCUGAUAUUAUCAGAAAAAUACAUAAUUUGGCUUUCCUAUUGUUGAAGCAAUAAAAUGACGUUUUAAUGUGUUUAUCCAUUAAUAUAAAGUGUUACUCAUACAUUGAAACCAAUGAAAUUUUAUUUCAACUAAGAUUUUAGCCUGUUUGUUACCGCUUCUUCUGCACGCCUUGGAAGCGGCAGUAAACUUAGUUUUUAAGUAAUAUAUUUGACGUCAACCAAGUUGUUAAACCAUACGACAAUUAUUAAGCGAUAUAAUAAUAUCCUAUAAUAAUGAAUAAAAAAUUUGGAAUUUUGAAUUUUUUUUUUUUUGAAUUUUAUGAAUGCAAAGAAAAUGUGAGUUUAGCACUAUUUAAAGUACCUAGGCAUAUUUAGAGUUAAAAUACGGCUAUUUGCACGACAGUAUUUGAAUUUUAAGCACAUUAAUUUACUUAAAAUUUCGUGAUAAUUAUUUGUUUUGUAAUUAAAUAUUUUUGUUAAAAAGUUAAAAAUAUAUUCUUAUUUUAAUGUUA